AUGGAGAAGGAAUUUUUCGCUCUUGCACGAAAGCAAGGCGAAAAUCCUCGCUUCUUCGUUCAUGCCAUUGAUCUAGAAAGCAAAUCCAAGAAAUAUGUCUUGAUAACAGAUCAAAGUUUUUGGUUUGCGCGAAAAAUAGAUCAUGUCAAGCAUUCAAUCUAUUGUUGGUUGCUGCUAACCAAAUUAUACAAGACAGAAGAUACCAUAAGUAUGAUAUUUGGUAAAAAUCAGAUCAAAUUCGAAACAGAUAAAGUUGAUGAAAUUUUUGAAGUCUUAUGGGAUAUUCUUCCAAGAAUAUUUAGACCUACUGAACUCAUAUCUCUAGGAUAUUUUACAGAUCCCGAUGAAAGGCCGCCUCCAACUUCAAAUUCUGUAAUGAUUCGAUUAAAUCUUCGACAAAAGCUUCUUGGAAAAGAAUAUUCAUCCCAAACCAUACAAAGGAUCCAAGAGAUCUUAGAAUAUUCCGAAGAAUACAUUGAUUUAAACUCAUUUUCAAACAAAUCCGAAGCUUUCCCUGUAUUUUUCGAUUUAUUGCCAUUAUGCUACAAUAUAUUAAGUAUUAAGAUCACCUCAAGCGAAAGCAUCAAUGCUUAUAAAGUUCUUCGCGAUGUAAUCACAGAACCAUCGAAUUUAGAGCAUAUGGAGAUAGUUGGACCAUCAACUCAUCAUUUUGAUUCUUUUCUAAGGAAAUUGACUCAGAACAAAAAUAUCCCAAUCGCAGGCUUAACUUUUACGAAUUCAAAUUUUUCCGAAAAAAAUAUUCUUUCGAUUAUCAAAUGUUUUACGGAUAAAUACUUGUGUUCGGUAGGAUUUCACAAUGCAAUAAGCAGUAGCUCAAUAGAUUCAUUAUAUUCCGCAUUUUUCCCAAAAUUUUGCAAUAAAUUAACAGCUCUUUCAUUAGAUCAUACGAAAAACCUCAAUUUAAGCAAACUCAACUUCGAAUUUACCAAUCUCGAGAUGAUUUCUUUGAAAGAAUGCGAUUUAGAAAUUUAUGAAAUAUUAAAAGCGAUAAACAGAGAACAUUUCGUGAAAUUAAGAGGUUUAGACGUUUCUUACAACAAAUGUACCAAAGCCGCGGACGGAUUAUACGAUUUACCGCCAACUUUGAUGACAAUCGUCGCCGCAGGUAUUAAAUGGCCCGAAAGUAAGUUAGUUGAGUUCUUCAAAAUUAUUACGAUCAAUGAUCUUCAAAAGAGAAUUGAUUUAUCAGCAAUUGAAGCUUCAGAAGAAGAUAUGACCAAAUUAUACAAUUUUAUGAAAGAAAAACAAUUCCCACAACUCAAAGCAUUGAUAUGGGAUGAAAACUACAUCAAUUCUGACUUCUUUGUCUUUCUAAAUCAAAAUCCCCAAAUUGAAUUUUUAUCUUUGAACUAUUGCUUCUCUGAGAAGGACCAAAAGUACGUGGAUAGUCUUUGUAAGUUCAUUUCUUCAUCCAAUGUCCACGCAAUAUCAAUCCAAGGCGAUGAAAAAAAUCACAUUGGCGAAUUAAUCAUUCCCAUCAUUAAUUCCGCCUGUUUGUCCAAGACAUUGGAACAUAUUAACCUAGAAGGAAGUUAUUGUGGCGAUAAAGGCCUCUUUGCCGCUCAAAAAAUUUUGAUUUCGGAUACUCCAAUUUGUUCUUUGAAUUUGGAAGGGUCCCACCCCAAAUAUCCCCAGUCAUUAUUUUUCUUCUUGUAUAAAGCGGCCGGCGGAGAGCGUGGAAUUGCUGUUUCGUUCCCUUUGGACGAUAUCAACGAAUUAUUUGAGAAAAAACAAGUCACAAAAGGCCAAGUUGACUGGAUAAAGACAUUAUAUAAACACCAGCAACCGACUGUUAAAGAAACAAUGUCUCCUUUGGAGUUUCCAUUUGAAAUUUACCGAGAAAAUUGGAAACCAUACUUUCCUUUGUAUUUAAAGCCUGUUGGACCUUCCCCUGAUGGCGUAAAGACUGAGGACAUGUUUAAUACUGACUUCUUGUCCGAUGAAAGGACUCAGUUGACGAUUUCUGUCGAUGGAGAUGAAAUUAAAUUAAUUCCGAUCCAAAAAGAAAAGGAAUCUUCACCGGUAAUCAAACCACAAAAAUCGGAAGAUAUCAAAACCCUUGAAACAGCCGAUCUUCCUAAAGAAAAACCAAAAUCAAAAUCAUCUAAUGUGAAAAAAGUGGUUUCCAAAAAGAAGAAAGUGGUUAAACGUAAGCGGGAAUCCUCAUCGAAAGAGAAGUCCUCAUCAAACAACUCUCAAAACAAAGGCUCGAGUUCAAAUAAAGGAUCUGAAAUUUCGACCUCAGAAAAAGGAUCGUCAAAGAAGAAGAGUAGAUCUUCUUCGGGACAUUCCGGGUCGUCUAGGAUACUUUCCAGCUCUUCCGGAGCGAAUAUCAACUUGGAAUCUUCGCCAAGAAGGGAUUCGAGCAUUUUGAGUGGUUUGGAUGGAAGCAAAGAUGACUUCUACUUCAUUUGGGAUUUCCCUUCUGUUUGUAGACUCAAUUUUGACGAAAUUGUCCAAAAGAUUUAUACAAAGGCGGAAGAAAAUUAUGAAAUUAACUUGUUAACGGAACUUAUACCAAAAUAG